CUAACAGCUAAACACGGUGCAACAUCGAGGACUUUCAACCUUUUAUGAAUUUAGUUUAUGGCUGAGUUUUCUUCAUUCAGGACUGCAAAAAAUGUAUGAUAAGGACAGCUUGCUUGCCAUAUCCUGGACUUCUUAAGCAAAAUAAUAUAGGCUACUCUGAGCGCUUCUUUCGAUAAUGGAAGUAGACGCGGCUUCAGACAACAGUCUUCCGUUUGGUCAAGGGGCAUCGGCGUUUGGGAGUGAUCAAGGGGAAGAUGAAGAUAUUGUACCAGAUAGAAGACUCUCCCUUGACUUCAGAGAGUGGGGGCCUGUGGACCAAGGUGACAGAUACGAUGUGGAGAGAGCGCAGUCACCACCCCACAGUUAUGUGUCAAUGCAUAGUGAUGGCUUGUCCUGUCAUCCCGAUGAUAUAGACACGGAUGAGGAACCUCCAGUCACCCAGGUUGUGCUGGAGAGACAUGACUCCUUCUCAUCCAGCUGCUACUCCACAGACAGUGAAGACAAUGAGGAAGGCGAGCCCAAGAGAAAGCGGAAGUCUCGGAAGAAGUCCAGCAGCUCAAACCAGCAGCAAAGUGCUCAGCCCCCUUUGAAACCUGAGUUACUAAAAGAUCCUAAUCAGAAGAGGCACCCUGCACUCACUGUGGACUUCACUUUUAAGGCGCUGCGAAGCACUCUGCAGAAACUGGUGGUGGAAGAAUUAAAGUGCUUCAAGAAGAUGGUGUGGAACCGUUACCCAGAAUGCUUUCGAGACCCGCUUGAUGGCCUUGAUAUUGUUGACCUGGUGGAUAAAAUGCUAGAGGUCUGCGACAUUGAGGUGUCACUAAAGAUAACCGAUGUGAUCCUGAGGGACAUGAACUUAAAGAGAGCAGCUGAUUACCUGCAGGGGCUUUGUAAGAGAAAUGAAGUGCGCUAUGAUUUGAAAAUGACUCUGAAAAGAAAAUAUGAAAGUAUAUAUGAAGGCUUCGCUCAGCAGGGACAGCAGACGCUCUUUGAGUCCAUGUAUACGGACCUCUAUAUCACAGAUGGUGGUGACGCAGCCGUCAACAGUCAGCAUGAGGUGCGGGAGAUUGAAGAACUAGCUGAGGAACACAGCGGGAAGGAGGAAGUGAUCACAUGCAAGGACAUAUUUGACCCUGAGAUAGUUAAAAGUAGGCACAUCAGGUCAAUGUUAACAAAGGGGGUUGCAGGGAUUGGUAAAUCUGCCACGGUGCAGAAAUUCAUCCUGGACUGGGUGGAGGGUAAAGCCCAUCAAGACAUCUUCUUCCUCUUGCCACUUCCAUUCCGGGAAUUGAACUCAAUGGAAAACACAAAAGUAAGCUUCAUGGAGUUAAUCCAAGCCUUAUAUCCUGAGAUGAAAGAAGUGGAAACUCUUGACUUUGAAGACUGUAAGGUCAUGUUCAUCUGUGAUGGUGUGGAUGACUGCCUUAUGGGCCUGGACUUCCGUAAAACUGAAUACUGGUGUGACCCUAAAGAACCCACAACAGUGAAAGUGCUGAUUACCAACCUCAUCAGGGGCAACUUGCUCCACUCUGCUUUCCUCUGGAUCACCUCACGCCCAAUAGCAGCCAAUCUCAUCCCUCCAGAACGCGUUCACCAACUGUUAGAAGUUCGUGGGUUCACAGAUGAACAGAAAGAUGCCUAUUUCAGGAAGAAGAUCCCUGACCAAAAGAUGGCAGACAAGAUAAUUGGCCAUCUGAAAUCUACCAAGACGCUUUACAUCAUGUGCCACAUGCCAUUGUUCUGCUGGGUUGCAUGCAGAACACUUCAGAAGGAGUUUCAAAAUGCAAAGCCAGGAGCAGAGCCUCCUAAAGCAAUCACUCAUCUGUACACAAACCUUUUGCUUGUUCUCAUCAAUAUGCGAACUCAGAAGCUUCAGCAAAACAAGACUGAGGAGAUGUGGGCUGCAGAUAAGGAGUUUCUUAUGAAAUUAGGGAAGAUGGCUUUCAUCAUGUUGGAGAAAGGGCUGUUCAGGAUCGAGAAAGAACAGUGGAAAGAGUACGACCUUGAUCCCCAGAAGGCUGUGGUUGAAACAGGCAUCUGCACAGAGUUCUUCAGAGAAAAGUUUGUGAUGUACCAGGAGAAGGUUCACUGCUUUGUCCACCCCACCAUGCAGGAAUACAUGGCUGCUCUUUACGUCUUCCUCUCAUUCAAGAAUAAUUCAAAGAAUGUCCUUGAUGGCAACAAGUUGACCAGGAUGUUCAAAGAGCCUUCUAUGGUCGAUCUGCAUAAAAGUGCACUAGACCGGGCGCUGCAUUCUAAGAAUGGUAACUACGACAUAUUCUUGCGUUUCCUCCUGGGGUUAUCCAUGGAAGCCAAUCAGGAUCUCCUGCGAGGUUUCCUCUCCAAUACGCUGGCCAGCCAGCAGGCUCAAGAGGAGACAGCUCGCAUUAUCCGAAAGAAGAUCAAGGACAACCACUAUCCCGAAAGGAAUGAGAACCUAAGUCGAUGUUUGGAUGAACUGUCGCCCAGACUUCCAAUCCACUGCACCUGAUAAUGCUACCAACACGAGGAAAACCGAAUGAUGGAAACAAGUUCAAGAUUUUGCUGGAUUCAUUAAAACAUUGGUGCAUCAUGUGUGUUUAUGUAGUGGUGCUGUAGGUACAAAAACCUACAUGACACCCGAUGGGAUGUUGCUUUCACCGGUCUUAAAGCUUUUUCUAACUAUUAGUCGUUUCUCUAUAUCACCAUCAUUACAAGCCCCACCUUCCAACCUUUUCCUCUUUUAUAUUUUCAUUCUGAGAGAUGUUUUUAAUACUUUGUCAUUUUUGAGUGGAAUGUCGAACAAUUACAAUAGUAAUAGGGAUUCUUGGAAUUCGUAUUAACAAGUGUUCCCUCUACGGUA